ACUCUCUCUCUCUCCUUCUCUCCCUUUUCUUUCCUCUGUGUGUUUGUUUGUCUGUGUGUGUGUGACUCCCUCUCCAUCUGCCUACGAGGCUUAUAUUUCUCUCCAGUCCAUUUAUCCCCCAGCUCUCCUGUCCCCAUAAGGAGAGCAGAACCAUGGCCUCUGCGGAUGGCAGGAAGAAGCUAAGGAUCUACUUUCGAUGUUCCCUGGUUGGCUUUGUCACUGGGUUGUUUGCUGGUUUCCUGGUGUCCUCUCUGGUUUGCUACUUUCUCUCCCGACCUGUCAGCAAGGUCCACCAUGAGCCAGAGAACAACACAUUCAGGGAAAAACAGGGAGGAAGUAAGGAAGCAAUUCACACAGCCCAUCUCCUGCUCAACCACACAGGUUCCCGUCAGGACAAUACCCUGCAGUGGCAAGGUGGUCCAUCCCUGGGCCGCUCCUUCAUCUAUGGCUUCACUUUGGCCCAGGGUUCCUUGCAGACCCAGCGCAGUGGCAUUUAUGGUGUCUAUGUCCAGAUGACUCUGGCCCAAUGCAUCCAGGCCAGAGGCCAGGGCACUGAGCUCACAGAGGUCAAGACCUUGACCAUUGGCAUCCUUUCUGCCCAGGGCCGCCAUUCCAGCCUCCUCCGAAGACACUUCCAGGGCAGGUGCUCACUGAGCGCCAGCCUCCAGAUGAACCUUAGCUACCAGGACACUGUGUAUGUCAACCUCACAUAUCCCCUAAUGCCUUCACCCAAUGGUGAUGAGACUUUCUUUGGAGCCUCUUGGUUAUGUCCACCUCCUCCUGCAGAAGACUGAUGGUACUGGACUUUCAGGGCACUGUAACCCAGGCUAGGUGAAUUCCCUAAAAACUGAUGCUGAGUAAGAGUCUCAGUCUAAAUUCCUAGCCUUUUUUCCGCUUAUUCCCUGAGUGCAUACUAAGCCAAAGCCAACUUGAGCUUUAUGCUCUUUCCCAAACUUGGUAAUAGAUCACCAGCCUCUGUGUAUUUAUGCAAGCUCUUCCCCCUGCCUGGAAUAGACUUUCUUCUUAGCUCCAACUUUCAGAAUUCUUCUUUUUCUUCAAGGUUCAGCUCAAAGCAUCAUCUCCUUUGCAAAGCCUUCCCUGAUUUUCUCAGGAAGUAGUGUCCAUCCUUGAAUCUUUAGAUCUCUAGUACUUGAAUUUUGUGCAUAGUAGGAAUUUAAUAAAUAUUGAAAUGAAUAGA